CUCUCUCCCCUGAGUUUUGCUACGAUGCACUCACUGUCAUCACAGGCAGUACGCCCUCUCUCCUUGCCCUUCGCCCGCUCUCACUACUUCCGCCGCUUCCUUCCCCUCUCGCUCCCCAUUUUCCACAAUUCCAAGUCCCACCCCAAAAUUUUCACUAUUACUCCAAAAGCUCCGGUCAUGACGAUCCGAAAUUGCUCCUCCAUCUCUGCCAAGCCUUCGUCGGAGCUCCGAAACAAGCGAUCCAGUUCAGAUUCUUCCGACGAGAAGCUACGCGCCCUCCGCCAGCUCUUCUCGAAGCCCGGCGUCGGCAUCGACGCCUAUAUCAUUCCUUCUCAGGAUGCUCACCAGAGUGAGUUCAUUGCUGAAUGUUAUAUGAGGAGGACCUUUAUAUCGGGGUUCACAGGAAGUGCUGGAACUGCUGUCGUCACAAAGGAUAAAGCUGCUCUUUGGACAGAUGGGCGCUACUUUCUUCAGGCUGAAAAGCAGCUGAGCUCUAGUUGGAUUCUCAUGCGGGCAGGUUCUCUAGGAGUUCCUACGACUAUUGAAUGGUUGAAUAAUGUUUUGGCUCCUGGUGGGAGAGUUGGCAUCGAUCCUUUUCUGUUUUCUUCUGAGGCUGCAGAAGAAUUGAAACAAGGUAUUGCAAAGAAGAACCAUGAGUUGGUUUUCCUUUAUGAUAAAAAUCUUGUGGAUGAAGUAUGGAAUGAAUCAAGACCGAAGCCUCCAGACAAACCAGUGAGAGUACAUGAUCUCAAGUAUGCUGGUGUAGAUGUAGCAUCAAAGUUGUUGUCUUUGAGGUCGGAACUUGCUGAUGCUGGUUCAUCUGCGAUAAUUAUAUCUAUGCUUGAUGAAGUUGCCUGGCUAUUGAACUUGAGAGGAAGUGAUGUUCCGCAUUCACCCGUUAUGUAUGCAUAUCUGAUUGUAGAGAUUGAUAAAGCAAAAUUAUUUAUAGAUACUUCAAAAGUGAACACAGAGGUGAUGGAUCACUUGAAGAAGGCAGGCAUUGAAUUGUUGCCAUAUGACUCCAUUCUUUCUGAAGUUGAAAGUCUGGCAGCACAAGGGGCUAAAGUUUGGAUGGAUAUAUCUUCUCUUAAUGCUGCUAUUGUCAACACCUUUAACUCUGCUUGUGAAAGAUAUUAUGAGAGCCUUGAAAGUAAAAGAAAAAGUAAGAGUGACGACUCAAAUGGUUGGUCCGGAGGACCGACUGGAAUUUAUAGAGUGUCCCCUGUUUCUUUGGCAAAGGCAGUUAAAAAUGAUUCUGAGUUGGAAGGCAUGCAGAGUUGUCAUUUAAGAGAUGCUGCUGCUCUAGUGCAGUUUUGGGUAUGGAUGGAGGAAAAAAUUAAUGAGAACGUGAAAUUGACUGAGGUAGAAGUUGCCGAAAAACUUCUUGAAUUUCGUUCGGCGCAGUCUGGUUUCCUAGAUACAAGCUUUGACACCAUAAGCGGUUCUGGUGCAAAUGGUGCUAUCAUACAUUACAGAGCAGAACCAGAUAGUUGUAGUGUUGUGGAUGACAAGAAACUCUUCCUAUUGGAUAGCGGAGGUCAAUAUGUUGAUGGAACAACUGACAUAACUAGGACUGUACAUUUUGGUGAACCUACCUCGCGACAAAAAGAAUGCUUUACCCGAGUUUUGCAGGGUCAUAUAGCUCUUGAUGAGGCAGUAUUCCCUGAAAACAUGCCUGGUUUUGUGUUAGAUGCAUUUGCUCGAUCUUCCCUUUGGAAGAUAGGACUGGAUUAUCGACAUGGAACUGGGCAUGGUGUGGGAGCUGCAUUAAAUGUUCAUGAGGGACCUCAAGGUAUUAGCUUUCGAUUUGGAAAUAUGACUCCAUUACAGAAGGGCAUGAUUGUUAGCAAUGAACCUGGCUAUUAUGAAGACCAUGCCUUUGGCAUUCGGAUUGAGAAUCUCCUAGUUGUGAAAGAAGUCGACACACCAAAUCGUUUUGGAGGAAUUAGCUACCUGGGGUUUGAAAAACUCACAUUUGUCCCGAUACAGGCUAAAAUGAUCGACUUAUCUUUGCUUUCUGCUGCGGAGUUUGAUUGGCUUAAUGAUUACCAUUCACAAGUUUGGGAGAAGGUCUCCCCUCUUGUGGAGGGUUCUGCUCGUCAAUGGCUUUGGGACAACACAAGGCCGCUCGUGAAGCAGUGAUUCGUAUAUCUAUCCAUCAGUCUCUUCUCCCAUGUUGUACCCUUUUAUACACAAGAAUAGUAGCUAGCCCCAACGAUAAGACGAUCAAAUAUGUAUCCUUGUACAUAAUUUGCUCCGGAGGCGGUGAUAUUUCUCGAGAUUAUUGAACUGUUCAAUUGAAUUUAGUAGUGUACUUUUGUA